AUGCCCAUGGUCUACGACCUCGAGUCUAACACGAGGGAGACCCGAGCCAAGGAACAGAUGCCGGAGCCCACAUCCACGCCAAAAUUGAAGCACGUCGCUCACAAUACAAACUAUUCACAGAAAUCAGAAGACAAGAAAGAAGAGGAGAAGAAGACGAAAGAGAAGGUAGCCAAGGAGAAAUCUACCAAGAAGAAGUCUGCACCAAAGACGACAUCCAGCAAUACCUCUCACGAUGUUGAUGAUAAUGCAGUGCCUAAUCCUGUCCCAGAUACUGGUGCUACGCAGACAUCCUUCACCGUCUAUCACACAGGCGGGAUCUACUCCGGGGUUUUACCCGUUAUUCAGCCUUCGACGACACAGGCCGCGUCUACUUCUGGCUUCUCGCCUUUACCGCCUUUUGCUGCAUACGCCACCUCACUCUCAUCGUUCUCAGUUCUCGCGGCCUCCACUUCAACUGUUUCAGCUUCGCCGUCGGUCCCGGCCGCCUUAGAAAAGGACCAGCAAGUGAAUUCUCCGCAGCCAUCGAAGGGUCUCCCUGUAGCAGCUAUCGCUGUGCUAGCUUUUAUUGGUCUUUUGGUGCUCGUAGGACUGGCUGCUGUUAUCAGAUCUAUAUUCCGCAAGCCUAAACGUUCCAUCCCGACACCGUCGCGUCCUAUCCUUCAAGAUCCCUUCCAGGACGACCCUAAGAAGGAUCCGGACGAAGAGUCACUGUUUGGAGGCAAGGAACGCUCCUCUCAGGCAGCGAACGAGGUGCUAUUAGAUUGGAGGCAAUACCCGCACACCUCUGUCAGUGUCACGAAACCUUUACCUACUUUCGACGUGCAUGCGCCUCAGCCUGGCUCACCAUCAAAGCGGGCUUCUGUUGGAAUGGCUCAGAACGCUGCUUCUCCCCUCAGUGGUCUUGGCUUAACGCCUGCUACCAACAAUCUUGGGGCUAGAUCUCCCAGUCGGCUCUCUUUAGUCUCUGCAUCGAUCUAUCCUGGUUCUCCGGUGUCAACAAACCAAGGCCAUGGCGUCGGUAUCGCUGUUAGUGGGUCUCCUCUCACUGCGGAUAACUUGCCUCUCUUGCAGCGAUCAAAAUCGAAUCCGUCCACGCGACGAGCUUCUCAGGCUGGUGGGCGAGCUCGCCACAGCAUGCUACCAAGCACCUAUGGUACUGCGGACCUCUAUGGCGGCCCUGCUUCCCCACUACCAACAACACCCAAGGUGACCGCAGCUACUAACACUGCAGCUGGCCGUGCCCGUGUCAAAGCACCUUACGCCCCUGGUUCGCUCCUCCGCACAUCUGCUACAGCUCCAGUUCCGAAUAACUCGCUCACCAGGGACCCUAACCCAUUCGAGGAGCCUUCCUAUGUGCUGCCGCCGAUCUCCCCGGUCAUGAAGUCUAACGACCGUCGGGAGCGGGACACCAAGGCUCUGACAUCAGCACUCGGACUCGCUAGCCCUGCGCCCGCGCCGCCCUCGCCGAACACGACACUCUACCCCGACGACUCGAUCACGCUCGCGGGCGACCGUCGGCGUCGGCGCAGCGAGGUCAUGAGUCCACCACUCGACGCGACCGCACGCCUGGGCAAGCUCCUGCUGGGCGAAUUCCAGAGUACGAACUCCGUUGCCUCUGUCCGCCCGACACCUCCGGCCAACAGUGCCCCUGCGAACGGAGCGCAGCGCACGCGGCAGCCUGUCACACGGAAGAGGGUCGAGGAGAAGCCGCCCCGCGUGCCAUCCCCGCCGCCGAUGCCGUCGCUGGCACAGAUGGCACUGCAGCAUAGUAAUCCACAGUAUUUUGAGGACUAUAGGAGUCCGACGUAUAGCAUCUAUGGGCUAUACGACCCGGAUAGAAAGAGUCGUACGCCAGGAGAGGGAGGAUAUUGA